AUGGUCACGCCGCUACAGGUCUUCCACCGCAGCGCCCGGGCAAUCAGCGCCCGCGAGUUCGAAGAUGCUCUCCACUCAAUAUGCCGGCCCCGGUUUCCUCCGGCCUUCAGUCCCAGACAUCGCCAUAUCGGCUGUGCCAUAAGCGGAGGCGUGGAUUCCAUGGCAUUGGCCUUUUUGUUUCACCGGCUUAAACAGGAAAAAUCUCUAAACGCCAGCGUUUCCCCUAACGAGCAGUUUCGCGUCGGCGACAACAUUCUAGGCAAGGUCCGUGCCGUCAUUGUCGACCAUGGCUUGCGCGAGGGCAGCGACGAAGAGGCACAAAAGGUGGCACAUGCCAUCAAGACCAAGAUUGGCGACAUGGUUGAUCCUACCAUUGAGACCAUCAACUGGGAGUCUGAACUCGGCCCCGGUGUAGACCCCAAAACUCACCCAAGCAUUGAACCCUUGGCCCGCAAACUUCGCUAUGCCGCCAUUGCGGGCGUGUGCCAACGUCACAACAUUUGUUCCCUCUUCACAGGCCACCAUGAAGAUGACCACGGCCGCGGCUACCGUGGUCUUCAGGGUAUCCCGAACGCCGUAGACAUUCCAGAGUGCUACGAUAUUCACAACGUCUACCAGAGUGGUUACUUGGAUGACCAAGAGUCCACAAGCCCGUUUUGGACCAGGAUGCCGACGGGCAAGCGGAUGAAGAAGUACCUGAAGUACAGCCUGCGUGACCAGCUCGAUCCGCAAACGCUCCAGUAUGAAAUCGCCUAUGGCAUGAGGAGUGAUGGAAGCCAGUACUUCAACGAGUACCAGCGCACACACCGCAAAUGGGGAGACUACCCUCCUGUCCCAGAGGUCGAUGCCGAGGAUGGUGGCAUCAUGAUCUACCGCCCUCUGCUUGGCUUCGGCAAGGACAGGCUCAUUGCCACGUGUGAGGAGAACGGCAUACCAUGGUUCGAAGAUCACACCAAUGCAGACCCAACUUUCACCCCCCGCAAUGCUAUCAGAUACUUGGUCAAGCAUCACCAACUCCCAAACGCCCUCCAAAAGCCUGCCAUCUUGCAGCUUGCGGCACGAUGCCGCGCCAGGGUUGCCGCCGAGGAAGCUGAAGCCGGUAGAGUUCUCGAGCGACUAUAUGUUCACGAUCUCGCAACGACAGCUGGGACAGUAGAGGCCGAAAUGCCUAGGUUCAGACUCCCAGGAGGCCCCAGGUUGUCUCGGAGGUCCUCUGUUUGGCGCAAGAGGCGUCUUGUCCACUAUCGCACCAUUGCCGCCAUCAUCAUACGGCGACUGCUCUCGUUGGUAACACCCAACCACAACCUCCCAACCCUUGCGGAUCUCGAUUACUCCGUCGCGUUACUUUUUCCAGAGCUGAGGCUUCCCGAUGAAAAGGAGAUCCCAACACUCCAAGGCGAACCCAAGGGCUACAUGAUCUCCGGCGUGCACCUGGACCCCCUUAUCCAACCCAAUGGCUCCGUCCGCUGGCGGCUCUCCCGAGCCCCUUACCAAGCCAAAACUCCCGCCCCAACCCUACGAUUAUCCCAAAGCGCCUUAGCCUCGCGUUUCCUCAAGGAACCCUCCGAGUGGGCCUGGGCAGGCUGGACAAAAUGGAAGCUCUGGGACGGCCGCUACUGGAUCCGGCUCCGUCACCGCGUGCCCUGUCCCGUGCGCGUCGCCCCCUUCGAAGCUGUCUACCAAAAAGACUUCCGCGAGGGUCUUCUUCUCGGCCAGAAGGUCAAGCACAAGGAACUGCUCGCCAGCAUGCUGAAAGCCUACGCCCCCGGCCGCAUCCGGUACACCCUGCCGGCCGUGUACGCGGAGACCGAUCUCUCCGGAUUCAUUCAGGGGAACGAAUCUUACUGGCCUCAACCGCCCGAGCACUUACGUCGGGCUGCGGCUGGUAUUGCUGAGGAUGACCACAGCACUCCCACCCCGGAAACAGUAACCACCAAGCAACUCCAGAAACACCUGACCAAAGAACAGAUACACGAACUGUUGUGGUUCUACAAAGAAUGGGAGGAUGAACAAGCUGCAAGCUUCAGAGACUAUGACGAAGUCUGGGAGGAGAGCCGGUAUCUAAGCAGCCCUUCCACUACCUCUCCUCAAAGCCAUAAAAAUCAGAGAAAGCUCCUCGCCCUUCCCACCCUGGGCCUCUCGCUCCCGGGCAUCUACGACUGGGUGCAGUGCGAGGUGCGGUAUCGCAAGAUCGAUGGAGACUUGCUGCGGCGCGGCACUUCCUGGCAGCGGUUCAAGUUUUGGCGGACGCGGGAUGCGGGGUUUAGACUGAGGAGGCGGGAGCCUUUGUUGGAGAGAAGGGAGUGGUUGGGCUUGAAGAGGAGGGAGAUGGCUGGAGAGGUGCCGGUUAGUGUUGCCGAUGCUUUUAGGAGUGAUUAA